AUGUCUGACCUAUGUUCAGUUACUAAGGUUGAUAAACCUGUUGCAGAGGGGCCCCUUAGUACCUCUCCGUAUGCUCUCUUUGGUUCCGACAACCCCGGAGCCAUGAUCACACCUGUUAAGCUAAACGGCGAGAAUUACAAUCAGUGGGCAAGUGAGAUGCUCAACGCCCUUCAAGCAAAGCGUAAAGUGGGUUUUAUUAAUGGCUCUUUGAAGAAACCUCUUGCCGAUGAUCCCGACCAUGACAACUGGAUUGCAGUGAAUUCCAUGAUCAUUGGUUGGAUUAGGGCGGCUAUAGAGCCAAACGUGAAGUCGUCAGUGACGUUCGUAAGCGAUGCAAGUCAGCUGUGGUCGGAGUUGAAACAGAGGUUCUCAGUUGGGAACAAAGUCCGUAUUCAUCAACUUAAAGCUCAGCAAGCGGCAUGUCGACAAGAAGGUCAAAGCGUGCUUGAAUAUUAUGGCAGACUGUGUUCCUUGUGGGAAGAAUAUGCAGUCUAUCGUCCCCUGCCUAUGUGUACUUGCGGUGCAGCUAAUGAAAUCAGGCAAGGAAGAGAGGACGACAAAGUUCACCAGUUCAUCAUGGGUCUUGAUGACUCUCGCUUUGGAGGUCUGUGUACAUCCUUGAUUGGUAUGGAUCCUCUGCCGACAAUUGGAGAAGUGUACUCCAAAGUGAUACGAGAAGAGCAGCGUCUGAAUUCUUCUCGCGGUCAUGAGCAGCAACAAGAUGCGAUAGGAUUUGUUGCUCGACAAAUGGAGAUGGCGUCUCCAAAGUGGUUCCAGGCGAGUUUGCCUAUAACGUUCUGGGGUGAAGCCGUCAUGACCGCAACCUACUUGAUUAAUAGGACGCCAACUGCGAUUCAUAAAGGUCACUUUCCCUUUGAGGUCCUUCAUGGUUCUCAACCAGACUAUACGCAGUUACGGGUCUUUGGGUCUGCCUGUUACACUCAUCGCCAAGCAAGAGACAAAGAUAAGUUUGGUGAGAAGAGUCGUUUGUGUAUCUUCGUCGGCUACCCUUUCGGGAAAAAGGGUUACAAAGUGUUUGACAUGGAUCGUAACGAGUUUAUAAUAUCUCGAGAUGUGGUUUUUCGGGAAGAUGUUUUCCCAUAUGCAACAUGCAAGGAACCAGUGUCAACAACAACUUUGGUGGACAUCGUUGAUGAUGACUGGAGCUACAACAUAGUAGCGGCUCCGACUGGUUCUUCGGACAGGGGGAGAUCCUUACCUGCUGAUCAUUCUCUUGAUGUUCCAGCUGAUUCAUCGAUCUCUAGUAGUACUGAUGAUAGAGAUUGCUGGCAGUUUGUGGGAUUUCCGGAAUGGUGGAAUGAGCGAUCCGAUCGUACUGCAGCUGGUCGUGGACGAGGCAGAAGUGGUCGUGGUGGCAGAGGCAGAGGACAGACGGCUACUGCACAUGCUACCAGCUCAAACUCAUCGCCUUUCCCAGAGUUUACUCAAGAACAAUGGAAGAUUCUCACUCAGAUGAUCCAAGAAAAAUCAGGUUCCGAUAAGUUAUCCGGUAAGAAGAAAUAUGGUGAUGUUAUUUUUGAUACUGGAGCUUCUCACCAUAUGACCGGGAAGCUCUCUAUGUUGCACAAUAUUGUACCCAUACCACCGUGCUCAGUAGGCUUUGCAGACGGCAGCCGUACGUUUGCUAUGAGCAUGGGAGUCCUUCCCCUGUCGGGGAAAGACCAUUUUUCGAGGACUCUGAUUGGAACCGCUAAAGAGCGUGAUGGGGUAUACUACUUAACGGAUGUGGCUACAGCAAAGAUAAACACAGUGAAUGCUUCUCCAGAUCAGUCAUUUUGGCAUCAGCGUUUAGGACAUCCUAGGUUUAAUGUGCUUUCGGCUUUACCUUUGUUCUCUUCUUCUUCUACUAGCUCACGUCACUGUGACGUCGAAGGGGAAGACUAUAAUGAAACAUUUGCUCCUGUUAUUAAAAUGACGACGGUGCGUAUGUUCCUUCGUUUGGUCGCAGCAAAUCAAUGGGAAGUUUUUCAAAUGGAUGUCAACGACGCUUUCCUUCAUGACGAUCUCGAAGAAGAAGUAUACAUGAAGCUACCGCCUGGAUUUCGUCAUUCUCAUCCCAAUAAGGAUCUGGGAAAACUCAAAUACUUCCUCGGUAUCGAAGUAAGUCGUGGUCCAGAAGGAAACCUUGGCUGCAAGCCGGCAGCUACUCCUCUCGAACAGAAUCAUCAACUCGGCAAGGUUGAGAGUCCCGUCUUGGCUGAUCCGCGCAAGUAUAGGAGGCUUGUCGGCAGGUUAUUGUAUCUUCUCCAUACCAGACCCGAGUUGAGUUAUUCGGUUCAUGUUCUCUCUCAGUAUAUGCAGACGCCCAAAGAAGCUCAUUGGGAAGCUGCGCAACGAGUAGUGCGUUUUUUAAAGAAUUCUCCUGGCCAAGGAAUCAUGUUAAGCUCGUCUAAAGAUAUGUCCCUCACCAUUUACUGUGACUCCGAUUGGUCUUCUUGUUGCAAAACCCGUCGUUCUCUCAGUGCCUUUGUUGUUUUACUUGGUGAUUCUCCGGUCUGUUGGAAGACAAAGAAGCAAGAUACAGUAUCUCAUUCUUCCGCAGAAGCUGAAUAUCGAGCUAUGUCUGAUGCUCUCAAAGAAGUUAAAUGGUUACGUAAACUGUUGCAUGGAUUCGAUGUCAAACAGGCUCCUACUCGCUUCUUCUGUGAUAGUAAAGCAGCUAUCUACAUUGCUACAAAUCCAGUCUUCCAGGAACGUACAAGCACAUUGAAAAUGAUUGUUAUGCGGUUCGAGACGCUGUAA